GUUAAUCAUUGGCACGUUACAUGACGAAUGACCAAACCAAGUAAGGAAAAUGAGGAAAAGAAGGCCCUGGGGGAAACACCACAUUGGAACCACUUAAACAGAUGUUUCCCUCUGAGAUGGAUAAUGGCCAGUCAAUGCUUGAUGUCAACAUAGAUACUAACUUACUGAGUGAUUUCUUUGAAGAGAACAAUGGUGUCCCGAACAUCUCGGAUGUGGACUGUGCAUCGUCUGCCUUUGAUUGGGCAGAUGACUUCAUAUCCUCCGCCAGCACCCCCUAUUCACUUGAGGGGGGAUCAGAGCGGUCCCCAGCCACAGCAGGUUCCCUGCCUAGCACCAGCCCAGCGUCAUCGGUCGUCGAGACGCAGGUGUCCACAACUACCCCGCUUCCUCAGGUGGCACAGGUGGUCGUCACGGCGGGAAGUGUCAUUCAGCAGCUUCCUACCAGCAUCUCAUCACAACCGAUCCUCCACAAGUCCGCCAAUAUCAUACAGGGUAUUUCACCGGGGACCCAGCACUUUGUAGUGAAGGCUGAUGCUAAUGGACAGCUCCAGUUUCAACCCACCCCAGGAUCCAGCCCCGCCCCCACCCAGCAGUUCUCGGUACCCUCCCCUGCUAUCAGUCGUUCCCUCACCCCCAGCCAGAGCCCCGCCCCCUCCUGUUCUCCACAUAUCAGUCGGUCCAUCACGCCGAAUCAACCAAUCAUUCAGCAGGCCCUAUCUUCCAGUCCGUCCCCUAACAUCCUCCAUCUCGCAACCCCCCAGUCCCAAGCCCCGGUUCAACUCACCAGCACAGUACCAAUCCAAAGCAUCAUUCCGAAUCCUAGUCAGAAUGCCAGUAUUAUCCCCGGCCAGGCUGUUCUCUCCGGCCAUGCCCACAACAUCGUCCACACCCAGAACGCUGUAAUACAGAACCCGAAUGUUGUCAAUCUGAACGUUGCCACCCAUGUGCUUUGCGGCAACUCUCAGCAAGUGGGCCAGCAACCUGCAGCACAGAUCCAAAGCAACAUCCAGGGUUUGCCUGUGACCGUACAGAACACUGGAGGCAUCCAAGGCAAUCAAGUCAGUCUACAGGGCACUAUUAUUCAGACCCCUGGAGGGAAAAGCAUCCUAAUCCCCAACCAACAACUAGGGGGACAUCAGAUCAACUUGGGUGCUGUGCAUCAGCAAGUGCUCCAGGGGCAACAACUCAUGCAGGGUGGAGGGACGGCUGUGAUUCAGAAUACACCAGGAAGUGUGGGGGUGGGGAAUGUGAUACGGCUGGCUCCCCAGCCAGGCCAGGACAAAACUGCCAGUGUUGUGCCGCCCAAUAUUAGUUUAGUGAACAUUGGUGGUGCUCAAGGACAGCAGAUUCUGAUUCAGAGAGCACCACAUCCUGCUCAAGGGCAACCUCAGAAUAUCAUAUUUAGAACAGUACCUCAUCCAAAUCUCAUCCAAAUCCAAGGGAGCCAAGCUGGUCAGGCAAAUCUCCAAGGAGCCUCCCUCCAGACUGCUUCUCAGAUCUCCCAGCAAAUCCUCAAUCAGGCCACAUCACAGAGUGUGCAGUACCAGCAGGUGCUCCCUGGGGGGACCCAGCCCCAGCAGGUGAAGCUGGUGGGGGGGCAGAGCUCCCAUCCCACGUCCCAGGGAGUGACCCUCAACCUGGCGGGCCAGAGUUUGAACCUUCUGUCGGGGCAGAACAUCAACCUGCAACAGAUUCAAGGGCUGGCAACAAGUACUGUAGGCUCCAUGCCAGGCGUACAGGGUGUACAGGGCGUACAGGGCAUUCAGCUUCAGCAAAAUGGCAGUCAAUAUAUCGUGCAACCAGCUCCUACUCAGCUUGGCUCUCAGCCACAGACUGUGAAUGUGUCAAGCAUCAAUCAAUCCACAAACAUUGUGUCAAAAGCUUUGAUCUCAUCCGGCCUAAGUCAGGUAAUAAAUACUCAGAUUAAGCAAGGCCAGGAGCCGAAAAGUUCAAAUACAGGGUCCGAUACCCCCGCAGUUACGACCACUAGCAAGAGUAAGUCGAAGAAGUCCAAGAGUAACCCCGAUGGUCAAGUGAAAGGCUCUCCUCAACAGCUGGCCCAGAACUUUCAAAAGAUCCAGAUCCCCAUAUCACAGUUCAUAGCAACAGCGUCCAACGCUGCAGGCAUCCACACAGCUCAGUCCACGCCCACUGCCGUCACCACGACCGUCACCCAGGCCAUGGUGCAGGUGCCAGCUCAGCUUACACUGGCGAAUACACUAUCUGGAUCACAGAUCGUGUCUUCCGUUCAGUCUAAGAGCUCUGUGGGCAUCAUAUCGACCCCAUCAUCAUCCUCACAGAUAAAGAUCCAACCCCAAGUGAUCAAGUCCGGGCCACCCAAUGUCACAUUAGCCCCCCAGGGGACAACGUUUCAGACUAGCAAUACCGACCCACUCAAAUUGCAGAGGGUGCAGCUAGAAAUUAACAAACUGUUGAAUCAGCCGAAUCUUACACAAGACCAAAUUCAGAAACUUGGUACUCUCCAGCAGUGUCUAAAGGAUUCGUACCCCUCCAUUGUUACUCAGACUUCCCAGCCAAAUGCUGGAACUGUUUCUCCGAAACCUAUCAAGCCUUUAGUUCCGACUUCCUUGACUGCCCAACCAAUGGUGGGGCAGCCACCCAUAGCUCAACCUCAAGUUGUUGUUGCAACUGCGCCAACGCAGAUAAAGACUGAGCCGGGUACACAGCCGAUUUCAUUGCAGUCCAUCGUCAGUCAACCGGGUAUAGUAGUCCAGUCUCAAGCAGGCGGAACCGGAGUGAUCCAGUUAGCAGUGCCCCAGCAGACUACAGUUACAGCUCCAGCAACGCAGAUGAUCACAACAGUUGCUCAAACAGGCCAACCACAGUAUUUGCAAACCGUGAUAAAACAUGGGUCUCCGACCAAGACCAUCAAGAUGGCGCCAGGGGGGACAACCCAGGUGAUUCAGAUUCAGAGUGCCCCUGUAACCACAGCCACACCCACGCGACCUCCAGUACCUGCAGCAACAACGGUCAUCAGGACGCCGCCUCCAGGGAAAAUGCCAAUAUCUGCCACUCCAUCGCUGCCAACACAGAUUAAGAUAGCCAAUCAGAUGCUGACUCUGAACCUAACAUCACAGCAGAAAGAGAAGUUGCAGCAGCACCUCGGCCGCAUGACGAUGGAGCAGCAGGAGAUGUUCCUCAAGCAGCAGCAGCACACGCUGCUCAAGCUGCAGCAGCAACAGCAGAUACACCAGCAGAUCCAGGUGAUCCGAACAACAUCACCGCAGACCAAGCCUCAGCUGCUUGUAGCAAACCCACCAGGCAAAAUACCCAUCACUGUACAGCAAAUAGACAAGGGCAUAAACCAAAUCAAAGUGGGUGUGGAUGCUGUGCAGACCAGCACACCCAACCGCCCCACAAAAAGGCCCGCCCCCUCAGAGGUGCCAAAGGGAACACUCAGUAUUCACCAGCAGUUAGGCAAGGACCAACAGCAUGCUGUCAAUCCAGACACCAAGUCUCCGUUCAAAGAUUACAAGGAAGCAUGUCGAAGAUUGCUGCGAUAUCACGUCUUUCAGCACCAUGGUCCCAAGCAAGAUGCAUUCAAGAAAGCAGAGACUGUAUUUGAUACAGUGUCGGAAGACCUGCUGAAACGAAGUCACACAAUGAUGAACAAAUACAGGCUGCUGCUCCUGGAGGAGAGUAUGAGAGAUCGACCAUCUGCAGAGAUGGUGAUGAUCCAACGCAUGCUCAAUCAAGAUCUCACAGCUGUCAUCAAAAAAGAGAAAGAAGUAAUCAAGGCUGAUCCAGAUUCCUGCCGACCAAGUACUUAAAGAAGGAGAAGAAGGAGGAGGAUAGUGCUGCAGAAUCAAGUGCUCUAGAUACAUCUGCCGUCAAGUCGGAGACAUUUACAGAGUCGGAGUAUAGUGAUCGCGAAAUGUCUGAGUCCUUACAUCAAAGUUCUGCCUCGGCAGAUUCGGAGAGGAUGUCUGUCAAAUCGUCACCCAUUGUACCCCCCGGCAAAGUUAAGUUAGUGAUCAGGAACGAUGGGCGUGGGUUUACCAGUAGCCUCAAAACAAAAACUCCUGUGAAAACUGAACCGCCGAGUCCACGGUAUGGUCAGGUUACUCCUGAGGAGACGCCUCCGAAGGAUGUGGUGAAAGGAGAAUCUCUGUAUAUAAAUGAUUUCCAGACUGACCAUUAUGCAGACGAGAGAGACGAUUUGAAUAUGUCUGGGGAGAGGGGGGAUGAGAGUGGGAAUGUUCUGAGUAGGGAGUUGUCGAGUGCUAAUGCCAGCAGUGAUCUUGACACUACAGACUUACAGACUGGAUUAAGUGAACCCAGCUUCCAGGCUCAGUUGGCCCAGAGUAAUGUGAGUGAACCAGGUGUGGAGGAACGACUUCAGGCAUUCCAUCAUUCCGGGGAUGACCCGUUGCUAAAGGUAAAGGGUUCUCCUGUUGUGUCUGGUGUGUCGACGGACUCUCGGCUCGAGGUGCAGCAGCCUCAGUAUAGUGAUAUCAGCAUUACAGACGUUUCCGGGGACUACCCUAGUGUCCUCUCCCCCCAUCCAAAAACCUCUCGACUCGGGGGGAACAGUUUUAGGGGAGUUCACAUCUCAUAUACCGGAUGACUUUGAUCCCAGCAGUUUUGACUUCCCGGAAGCGCUGACAGGAAACCUGUGCUCGCAGCCUGCAUCUGUGUCGACAUUGACGCAACCUGCUCGGACUGCAUUUAGUAGUAUUACGUCUGAUGAUGGGUUUCAUCAUCAAAUGGACUUAGGUAGCAACAGGACCAAUUCUCUGACCACUGCUGCUGUUCAUGCUGCUGCCCAUGUGUAUGACAGUGAUGAUGAUGUUAUGCCCUUCACAGCCAACCCCCACCCCCAUACUGCUGCCCCCCAGGAACAUGUAGAGGAAAUAGGCAAUGCUGUAUCCACCAUUAUGGACUUCGAUGAUGUUAGUAGUGACGGUAAUGUGGCUGAUCUAUCCACAAUAUCAUCCGAGAAGGAUCUCGGCUCAAAUGCAGAUGUUCUCACAAGCAAAGAUCUCCCCCCAAAAUGAGAUGAUGUUUUCUCCAGAAAGUGGGCCCAGUAAUUCACAGGAUGAAAACAAUCAGUCUGAUGGAAUUGAACUCGAUGCCUCUUUCGAAUCUGAUGGAAACGACCCUCAAAACCAUAUGAUGAAUGCUCAAAUGCAGUGUGCUAUUGAUAGCAUUCUGAGUUUAAACCCAGGUGAGGAGCCGCCAACAACAGCCGACUUCAUGGACCAGUCAGGUAGCAUGACAAGUUUCUAUGACAACCAGCUGACGGAAGUGACGGACACAAGUCAGGACGAGAGUGAAUAUUACGGGGAGGAAGGGGGCGGUGAGUCUGAGGACAAGCCGGAUGAGUCAGCGUCGACGGAGGACAAGGAUGGCGGAGAAACUUCAAUGGAGGAUGAUCUUGAUGCUGCUGUGCAGAGUAUAUUAAUGUGAAGCGGUGCUACUUUCUAGGGCUCAGUGUAGAACAUGGUUGGCAGGGCAUUUAGUCUCAGACAUCCCAGGAAUUGCUGCUUAGUCCGAGAUGUAUUACUUGAAUAAAGUCCAAAAUGGCUGAAGAGUGUAAUUGGAUAAGAGGAAUUGUUUCUAAGUGGUGCUGUGGUAUUGCUCAAGACAAAUGGCAGACAAACAUUUUGGAUGCUUUUUAAAUUAGUGAUAAAACAUUCUUCUACAUUACUACCAAAUUCGAGAAAUAGCUUUCUUUCAGUCCAAUAAUGUGUUCGGUGACAAUCGGUCAAAGUUCUCGAAAGUGAAAGUGAAACUGAUGUAAAAUCAUGUAAUUUAAUGGUUCGACAGACUUGAUCCAAAACUUUGAAUAUGUCCUAAAUUCUGAGAUUACACUGUAACCAUACAAAUAUGUUUGAGUCAAAGGACUGUAGAAAUAAUCCAUGUUUCCUACUUUACUUGGUAAGUCAGAUAAAUAUUAGUCCCUCGCCCAGGGAUGUAUUGGUAUCAAACCGUUUAGUCCUUGGUGAGAUGUCCAAUAAUGCUCUGCAACUUUUACAGGACAUUAGUGAUGAGGGACGUUGAUGAAAAAGAAAAUUAGCUAAAUGGUUUGACAUGUUCAUGAGAUGGAAAAACUGCCAUUUUACAUUCUUAGGGGCAGUGUUAAGAAGCAAACAAACUAAAAACAAUCUCUGAUUUGAGACUUGCCCAUAUUCCUCUUUUGGGUGGAAGUUAAAUUAAUUAGUGAAUAUAAACACUAAUUAAGGGCACUGAUGAAGCAGUAAUUCCUGAGAUGAUGAAACUCAUCUCCCCACCACCAAGAUGCAAACCUAGCUACUUAAUAUGAGAGAAAAUAUUCCAUUUCAUGUAUUUUAUGUGCCAUUAUGAAUGUUAAAAGGCACAAAAAGCUGUUAAUACAAAUCCCAAAUUAGAGACUUUUCACACUUUGAAAUACUUCAUGGCAUAGAUUUGUAAGUAAGUUCAGGAAAUAUUUCUUUUGUAGUGUUUGAUAUGCUAUCAUUGUUCUUUACUAAAAUAGAGAAAUGAAUUUUGUUUCUUCAAGAGGAAAAGAACCACAUAUCAUUGAGAAAUGUUUAAUUUCCAGAAUCUACCGACUAGAUUAAAGUGUAAGAUCUAGGUUCGCCCAGACAAUGAAAUCUAAUUGUACAUUUGGUUUGUAUUCGAGUUUUCAGGGUGGGAUUGGAAACAAAUCUUGUCUUGGGUCAUUAUAUUUCAUGUAAUCAACAGUCUAACAUUGGCAACCAAGUGCAAUAAGACAUAGGAUGUUCACUGGCUGAGGAGGCAAGUACAAUGUUAGUAUUUGAUAGAAAAAAAAUACUUUAGUUAUUGCUAUUUAGUCAAAAUGUGAAGAUAUUGUCUCAUGAAACAUGAAAUUGACACAUGAAACCUUUAAUUUGAAAUGCUCAUUUUGUUUGUGGGAAUUGUCAUUUGUAAUCUAUGUGUUCAAGCUGUGUUGAGUUAUCUCCCUUUAGUUUGUAAAUUAGGCUGAGAAAUAUAAAAAAAUACCAUUUGCUAUUAAAGCAAUUAUACUUGGAGUUUCAACAUUGCUUCAAGUAGGCAGGCAUCCUAUUAAAGUAUCAUGGAGUUUACUGCAAGGUAAUCACCUAAAAGCAGAAAUAAUAUGCUGUCAUAUGGAGGUGUUUUUGAUUUGGCACACAGAUACCUGAAGUGGAUAAGAACUAUUUUUCAGUCUCAGAUUAUUUUAGGACAGGUAUAAGAAGGGAGUCAGUGAAUGUUGUGUCUAUAAGCAAAGGCGUAGUUCUUAAAUAGUCAAUAGUCUCCCGGUGAAAUAUUUCCUUUGAUUUACGUAGAAAAGUUACCCUUUCUGAUAUGAAAGGCUCAAGAUUUUCGGAAUGAAUAUAAUUAUUCCAUAGGGAAGAAAAGGUUUUUCACAAUAAAAGAAAAAGUUUGAUAGGAACUAAUUUUGAUAUCGGAAUACAGUGGUAGGAUGAAGAAUUAGGUUUUCUUUAAUUUUUGUUAAGUAGUAUGCUGUAUUCCCGCUGUUUCCAGUUGUGUCAGCAGCAUGCUUGUGCUAGGGAGAUUUGCUGAAAUGGUAAAGGUCGGAGACUUUCAUCUCGUCAGCUUAUCUGAAGAAUGAGAUUAAGCAGACAGACUCUGAUAUAGCUGGGAUAGUGAACUAAGCAGCAUUAAAC